AUGUCUCAGGAAGGAGUUCCCGCCGUUGUUAUCGACAACGGAAGUCACACCAUUAAGGCUGGCCUGGCGGUGGAUGAAGAUCCCUCGAACGUCUUCCGUUCGACCGUACAUCUGUUCGAGAGUGCGGAAGGUGUGACGAAAAAGUUUGGUUGUUUGAAACCGUCCACAAAUGGCAAGCCAGUUUUUCCAAUCGUGCGUGGAAACUCCUACGAUUGGGACGCCCUAGAAGCAGUGUGGGAGUACACGCUGCUGGAUGUGCUGAAAAUCGCUCCAGAAGAGCACAGCGUGCUGCUAACGGAGCGGCCACUCAACGGGAGAGCAAAUCGCGAAAAAGCCAUCCAAGUUAUGUUCGAAAAGCUAUCGACACCGGCUACAUAUCUGUCGAUGCAGGCGUUGUUGGCGCUGUAUGCCGCGGGACGUACGAGUGGCACUGUGGUCGAUGUUGGUGACGGACUGACGAGUGUCGUGCCCAUCUACAAGAACACGCCCGUCAAAGAAGCAAUCGUGAACGUUGCUUUGGCCGGAUGCGAUAUGGUGGACUAUCUGGCCGGGGUGUUGAAAACGAAUGACCACGAAAUAGCGCGAGAGGUAUUCGAGAAGGUGUGUGAGGUCAGCGCCAGCCCGACGAAGGAAACUGUGGCACCAGUUGAGUUCAAGACAACCAACGGAACGUCGGUUUCACUCGGAGCAGAGCGGUUCCGUUGCGCCGAAGCCAUGUUCGAGCCGGCGGCAAUUGGUCACCAGCAGGGCAGAGCACUGCCGGAGCUAAUUGUGGAGACCGUGACCUCUUGCAACGAGCCUGCUCGGAAAGACCUUUACGCGAACAUAGUUCUUGCCGGAGGAUCUACGAUGGUCUGCGGGUUUCCUGAGCGUCUGGAGAAGGAGCUCUCGAGUCGAGUGCCAGCACCGAGUCGGUGCAAGGUAGUUGCUCCUCAGAAUCGAACGUGGUCGGUUUGGACGGGGGGUUGCUUGCUAGCAAGCAGCUCGGCGUUUGACCAGCUGUGGAUAACGAAGGCAGAGUACGAGGAGGUUGGCGUUGACAUCGUCCAUCGGAAAUGUGUUUGA